AUGGGUUUGCUAACAGAAGGAAGUCCAUUGACCUGGGAAGAAACUAAAGCUCUUGCAGAACACGUCCGUCAACACGGUAUCGAACAGUUUAUAAACUUAUACAGAAAACUGAGAGACCGUACUGGUGAUGUACUUAAGUGGGGUGACGAAGUGGAAUAUAUUAUAGUGAAGUUUGAUGACAAAAAUCAACGGGCUACAGUUAGUCUGAGAGCUGCUGAUAUACUACCCGAAUUACAAAAAAAAGAGCUAGAAGAUCCUGAAAAUGUAAAAUCACUGUGGCGUCCGGAAUAUGGAGCUUACAUGAUAGAAGGUACACCAGGAAAACCGUAUGGAGGACUUUUAGCACAUUUCAAUAUAGUGGAGGCUAAUAUGAAAUUCAGACGAGCCGAGGCAAGCACUUUGUUAAAAGAUGGUGAAGUCCUUAUGAGUAUAACAAACUUCCCAAGACUAGGUUGUCCAGGCUUUACAUCUCCGCCUUAUCAAGCAACGCCUAAUGAAGGUGUAUCCUGGUCAAAUUUCUUUCCCGAUGAGGCAAUAUAUCCCGGACACCCACGUUUUAAGACUUUGACAUCUAACAUAAGAUGCAGACGAGGAGAGAAAAUGGAGAUUAAUUUACCAAUAUACCGCGACAAAAACACAAAGAUACCUGUAGAUAAUUAUCACGAGCUAGAAAAGGGCGCAGCUAAACCAGACUGCGUGUAUAUGGACGCGAUGGGAAUGGGUAUGGGCUGUUGCUGCUUGCAGCUAACAUUUCAGGCCUGCUGCAUAACUGAAGCGCGAACGCUUUACGAUCAACUGGCGCCCCUAUGCCCUAUAAUGUUGGCGCUUUCAGCCGCGUCACCGAUUUACCGUGGUUACUUGACGGAUGUGGACUGUCGUUGGAAUGUAAUCUCUGGGUCGGUGGAUUGUCGCACGCGAGAGGAGCGUGGUCUCGAGCCGCUUAAAAAUAACAAAUUCCGCAUUCAGAAAUCUCGCUACGACUCGAUCGACUCGUAUCUGUCGCCGGAACAUGAGAAAUAUAACGACAUACCGAUCGUUCACGAUCCGAGCAUUUACCGGCGCCUGCGGGAAGGCGGUAUCGACCAUCCGCUGGCUAUGCACGUGGCUCAUCUCUUCAUAAGAGAUUCCGUGUCGCUUUUUUCGGAGAAGGUCAACCAAGACGACGCGAAUGAUACCGAUCACUUCGAGAAUAUCCAAUCGACCAACUGGCAGACGAUGCGAUUCAAACCUCCUCCGCCAAACUCUCGCAUCGGAUGGCGAGUGGAGUUCCGACCUUGCGAAGCCCAACUCACCGACUUCGAGAACGCGGCUUACGUUUGUUUCGUAGUACUUCUCACCCGUGUUAUACUCUCCUAUAGACUCAACUUUGUCAUGCCUAUAAGUAAGGUGGAUGAGAACAUGCAGCGGGCACAAAGACGCGGUGCGUGCACCCAACAAAAGUUCUGGUUCCGUCGGGACGUGCGCUCGCCCGACGUAGACGUGUACGCAGAGAUGACGAUCGACGAAAUUGUCAAUGGAAAAGACGGAAUAUUCCCCGGGCUGAUCCCGCUAAUUGAGUCAUAUUUAUCGGGAAUGGAUGUCGAUGCGGAUACUCACUGUUCCGUUCAACAGUACCUAAAGCUCAUACAGCGUCGUGCCUCGGGCGAGAUUUCUACAAUGGCCACGUGGAUGAGGCAAUUCGUUACAUCCCAUCCCGAUUACAAGAAAGACUCCGUGGUGACCGAGAAGAUCAACUACGAUCUCCUAAAGAUGGCGCACGGAAUCCAAACGGGCACUAUACCUGCGCCCACGCUCCUCGGCACUAGCAACGUGUCGAAGACAAAUGACGACAUUCCUACCGCAUUCAAAGACUGCCCAUAG